AAGGAUAAGCAAAGAAAAUAUCCAAUACCCAAAAUGUGCUUUUAUGUACCAGAAUAUUCAUCUAUCUGUUAUUUGCUUGUAAAUCACAAUUAAGGUAACAAUAAAUGACGAAAUCAUCUAUUGAUCUGUGAAUCCUUAUGAUCUGCUGUGGCUAACUUUUGUCUAAGGUUCAACAAUUUACAUCAAUGAUUAUAGGAGAGAGGAGCAGCUGAGCUCAAGGCAGUGACUUCAAAAUCCUAAUAUUCUUCUAAGCUGUUAUACAACUCAGUAUGCAGCAUCAAGGAAACCAGAGCAAAUAGGUGUUUCAAAUGUCAAAGCUGAGUUGGAGGGAUUCUGAGAAGUUGAUGAAAACAUUUGGAGCCCCAGAGACAAUAGAUAUAGGCAAAUGGGACGAUCGCCAUGUUGUGAUAAGGUGGGGCUGAAGAAAGGGCCAUGGACUCCUGAAGAAGACCAGAAGCUCUUGGCUUACAUUGAAGAACAUGGCCAUGGAAGCUGGCGUGCCUUGCCUGCAAAAGCUGGGCUCCAAAGAUGCGGCAAGAGUUGUAGGCUGCGAUGGAUUAAUUACCUAAGGCCUGAUAUAAAGAGAGGCAAAUUCAGUUUGCAAGAAGAACAGACCAUUAUUCAGCUCCAUGCUCUUUUGGGGAACAGGUGGUCGGCCAUAGCGACUCACUUGCCAAAGAGGACCGAUAACGAGAUAAAGAACCACUGGAACACUCAUCUUAAGAAAAGAUUGGCAAAAAUGGGGAUUGACCCAGUUACCCACAAGCCCAAAAACGACGCUCUACUCACCGGCGAUGGCCAGUCAAAAAGCGCGGCCAAUUUAAGCCAUAUAGCUCAGUGGGAAAGCGCUCGGCUCGAAGCCGAAGCUCGGCUAGUCAGAGAAUCAAGGCUACGUAGUUCACAUUCACAUUCCCUCCAGCAACUUGGGAACCCUCCUUGUUUUGCACCUUCUUCAUCUUCUACCUCAACUUCCUCUCAGCUCUUCACCAAAACCGAGCCGCCCGGAAUGCCUUCCCGUUCGCUCGACGCACUAAAAGCUUGUUACAAUGGGUGGUCCAGAUCCACUGAAGGCAAUGGUGGCAGUUUGAGGAGUGGAAUUGGUGGGGAUCUCGAGUCUCCUACCUCGACACUGACUUUCUCCGAGCACGUGCCCCCAAUUAUGGCCUCUACCGGCACCGGGGAGACCUCGAUAGCAAUGAUCGAGUUUGUGGGGAGUUCAAGCUCUUGUGAGGGUGGAAUUAUGAGAUCAGGAGAGGGGGAGAGGGAGUGGAAGGAGGAGGGAUUUGGAAACUCAACACAAUUACCAGAAUACAAAGAGGGUUUUGAGAAUUCAAUGCCUUUUACUUCUCAUGAUAUGACAUUGUCCAUUGAAGCAACUUGGACAGCUGAAUCCUUAAGAACAAGCAACAAUAACAAUGGACAUGUCCAUGGCGCUAGACAAGAAAUUGCACAAGAUCAAGGCUUCACUAAUCUUCUUCUUAACAACAUAGAUGAAAGAAGCCUUUCUGAUGGAGGAGGAGAUGACUCUGAAAAUGGGAGUGGCAGUGCAAGUGAUUGUUAUGAAGAUAACAAGAAUUACUGGAAUAGUAUUCUUAAUUUGGUCGAUUCUUCUCCCUCUGAUUCUUCAAUGUUCUGAAAAAAAGGGAUCAAAUUUGUUAGAGAUUUGGAAAGUGAGGCUCAAGAAUUUAGCUGGGUUUCAAUUUUUAUUAGGAGGGCUUCAAAAAGAAAUCAAUAUUGUAGGGGAAAUGGUUGAAGGGCCAAACUAUUGCAGAUUUUAGUUGCAUCUAUAAUUGUCGACUCUCGUAAAUGUGUAAUAAAAAUGCUUUCAUCUGCUUCAGAGUUUUGCCAAA